UUCAUUUCAAUCUUUUUUUUUGCCAAAAAAUUGUUUUAAAUAUUUUCAAAAAAAUGUUAACUAGUCUUUUGAAAUUAAAUGCAGCAAUACCGGCAUUAUUGCCUGCAUUUAUGUUUAUGUAUUUACAUCGAAUCCGUCAUGAAACACCAUUUGUUCGUGAUGAAUUUUUACGUGAAUAUGAUUAUAUUGUUGUUGGUGCCGGUUCAGCUGGUCCUGUUGUUGCAAAUCGUUUAUCCGAAGAUCCACGUAUAAAAGUAUUAUUAUUAGAAGCUGGUGGUCAUGAAGUUUAUCAAACAGAAAUACCCGUUCUAGCAGCACGUUUACAACUUUCCGAAUAUGAUUGGCAAUAUAAAACUGUACCGCAAAAAUAUGCCUGUCAAGGAAUGAUUGAAAAUCGUUCAAAUUGGCCACGUGGAAAAAUUCUUGGUGGUUGUUCAUCAAUUAAUUAUAUGCUUUAUGUUCGUGGUAAUACAAAAGAUUAUGAUCUUUGGGAAAAAUGGGGUAAUUAUGGUUGGGGUUGGAAUGAUGUUUUCUAUUAUUUCAUUAAAUCGGAAGAUAAUCGUGAUCCAGCAAUUCUAAAGAAUGGUUAUCAUGGUUUCAAUGGACCAUUAACAGUAUCAACAACACAUUAUACAACAGCAAUUGGUGGUGCAUUUCUUGAAGCCGGUAAAUUGUUUGGUUUUCCAAACAUUGAUAUAAAUGGCCCGAGACAAACUGGAUUUGCUAUACCACAAGGUACUGUACGUCGUGGUGCACGUUGUUCAACAGCCAAAGCAUUUAUCCGAGAUUAUCGUGAACGUGAAAAUCUUCAUACAGUUAUUUAUGCACAUGUAACCAGGAUAUUAUUUAAUGAACAUAAACGUGCUAUUGCUGUAAAAUUUGAUCGAAAAGGUUUGGAUUAUAUUGUUUAUGCACGUCGUGAAAUUAUUCUAUCAGCUGGUGCUAUAAAUUCACCACAAUUAUUAAUGUUAUCUGGUAUUGGACCACGUUGGGAUCUGGAACAACUUGGUAUCCCUGUUAUUUCGGAUUUACCUGGUGUUGGUGAAAAUCUUCAGGAUCAUAUUGGUGUUGGUGGUAUGCAAUUUCAUAUUGAUUCACCGGUUUCCGUAGUUCAACCUCGAAUGUAUGUUGCAAAAUCAUUUACACAAUGGAUUACAUUAGGUAUUGGUCCAUUAACAAUGUUGGGUGGAUUAGAUGGCUUAGGUUUUAUUAGUACAAAAUAUGCAAAUGCAAGUGAUGAUUGGCCUGAUGUUGAAUUGCAUUUUAUACCAUCAUGUCCAUCAUCUGAUGGUGGUGAAUCUGUUCGUAAAGCAAUGAAUCUAAAAAAUGAACUAUUUCAACAUGUUUAUGAACCAUUUUUGUAUGAUGAUUCAUUUGCAUAUUAUCCUGUAUUGUUACGUCCACGUUCAGUUGGUUGGAUGAAAUUACGUUCAGCUAAUCCAUAUGAUCAACCUAUUAUUCAACCAAAUUAUUUCAAAGAUCCAUACGAUGUUAAAGUAUUAGUUGAAUCAUUAAAAUUAAGUUUAAAAAUGGCCCUAUCAAAACCAUUUCAAAAAUUUAAUGUCCGACCAUGGCAACGUAAAUGGUAUGGUUGUGAAAAAUAUCGUUGGUUUAGUGAUGAAUAUUUUGAAUGUUUAACACGGUCAUAUUCGGCAACCAUUUAUCAUCCAGUCGGUACGGCUAAAAUGGGUCCACCUGAUGAUCCAAUGGCUGUUGUUGAUCCACAAUUACGUGUUUAUGGUGUAAAAGGAUUACGUGUUAUUGAUGCAUCAAUUAUGCCUAAAAUUGUAUCGGGUAAUACAAAUGCACCGAUUAUUAUGAUUGGUGAAAAAGGUGCUGAUCUUAUUAAAGGUCAUCUUUAUCCACCUGUCAAUGUUCGACCGGGUUAUGCCAGAAUACCAGAAUAUUUAAAAAAUCCUGAAACUGAAAAAAAUGCUAUCGGUGGUCCAUUAAGUAAAAUUGGACAUUUAUUUGGAAAAUUUAAUUUUCUUAAACUUGGCUAAAUGAAAAAAAACCUGAAAAUUCAAAAAACAACUGAAGAACAAGCAAUUAUCCUCAAGUAUGUUCCUAUCUCUGAUGAUCUCUUUCGGCAGCCAAAAAAAAACAA